AUGAAAGCGCCCAAGAUCAAGCACUCGCCCUCUUCGUCGAGUGGCCUCAACGGCUCGGACGUAACCGCGAGCACGUCCGCCCACGCAGCCGGGACACCCUAUCCAUCCAAGCUCCUCGCAUGCGUCGCGUGCCGCAACAGCAAGGUCAAGUGCAUCUCUGACCAUCCGGAACAAUGCAAGCGAUGCCUCGACCACGGUCUCACCUGCAUCCGUCCCGAAUACCAGCGUCUCAAAAAGGCCAAAGCGAAACUCGCCCGCUUCCAGCAGCAGGCCAACCUCGGCGCACUUGCCGAAGACAAGUCCAGCUCCGACCCGGCUUCCAUGGAUGUCUCCGAGCCGCUGCCCCCAGAAAGACCCAUCCUCCCCCAAGAAUCACCCACGACCCUCUUCAGCAAUGCAUCGUACGGCAAAUCGGCACAGCUCCUCUCCAACCUGCACAUCGUGCGUCCCGAUGUGCGCGACGAGUGGGACCCCGUGGCCGCGGGCAUCAUGGACCUCGAGACCAGCCAGACGCUCUUCAAUACCUUCAUGGUCAAGCUCGAGGCCCUGCUCUCCUUCUUUGAUCCUCGCAUCCACACCUACGACUACAUCCGCUCGCACUCCUGCCUCCUCUUCACCACCAUGUGCUGGCUCGCUUCCACCGUCAGCGCCUUUCCUGACGCACCGCGCAUCAUGCACGACCUCAAGCUCCACAUCGACAACGUGCUCCUCCCAGCCAUCUAUUGCCAGAAUCUGCGCUCCGUCGAGAUCGUCCAGGGCUUCCUCAUGCUUGCUGCCUACCUCCGCCCCGCCCAGAAUCCGUCCGAAGAUCGCUCCUGGACCUUGCUCGGACACGCCAUCCGCGUCGCGACCGACCUCGACAUGCACUCCCGGGCGCUCUCGACAUCGCAGCAACACCAAACCUCCAACCAAGCUUCGUCGGCUCCCACCCCAUCCUCGGGCUCGGCUGGCUCUGCAUCCGAGACCGACGCUGCCAAGCAACACGAGACCUGGCAUCAGCGCAACCGCGAGAGGGCAUGGAUGCACAUCUGGCUGCAUGAAGCCUCGUCCUCCCAAUACACCGGCCGCGUCUCGCUUCUGUCCAAGGAUCCCAUCGUCGAGUCGUCGCGCGGCUGGCACCUCCAUCCAGAAGCACUUCACACCGACGUCGUCUUUGUCGCGCUCAUCGAGCUCCGCUCUCAACUUGCUCAGAACAAGGAGCUCUUCCGAAUGCUAAGCAACCGAUCCGGCCCUGCGUCCAACGGGUGCACCGCCGCCCCCGGCUCGGGAAGCAGCACACCAGGCUCAAACGAGGCCGACUCGUCGUGGAUUCGACACUACCUUGAUCGAUGCCAUCGCGACCUCUCGUCGUGGGAAGAACGUUGGGUGGUCAACCCCUCACGCUCGGCCAGCCAUCCGCGUCCGCUCCGAUUCGAGCUGGGCUCUCUUUACAUCUGCUAUGCACGCAUGCAGCUCCUCUCGCUCCCUUUGCAAUGGCCGACCCUGCCUCCUUCGAUGGCCACGCGCAUCGUCUCCGAUCUGCACUCGGUCUCCAUCCGCUAUCUCGAAGACUUUAUCGAUCGCACAUCACCGCAGCGUCUCGCGCACUCUUACAACUCCAUCUGCGUCACCGCUACCUACGCCGUUGUGAUUGCGCUCAAGCUGACCAAACUGGCUGCGACGUACACCUUCAUCAAUUCGUCCAAGAUCAUCCAGCUCGUGACCCGCGUUUCCGAAUACCUACGCAAAGGAGGCAACUGGACGCCGCAUCAGAAUGGCUCGAGUCUCUCCUAUGCGAGGUACAUCGAUCGCCUCCUCGACAUGGAGAGCAACAGCGCUCCGCAGCGCCAAAGCACAGCCAGCAACAACGCGACUCAGAUGACAAAUCGCAACAACGAGGCUUAUGGCCACUCGGGUCGGCGAUGCGAAGCAGAGGCCGGCCAGGCAAACGACGACAGCACCGCCCGUCUGCCACACCGAUACCGCCUCUCUCCCGGCAUGUCGCCUGGUGAGCCUACCAAUCGCGCGGCACAUGCACCCUCACUUCAGCGGGCCCAUUCAGGCAUUUCGCAUCCCCUCAGCUCGCCACGCACCAUCUAUACGGCGACGCCAGGCUCCGACGCCGGACUCUUCCCUCGAAUCUCGGCGAGCCCGCAUGCACAAGGCGUCCCACCCGUCGUGCCGGGCCCAACAACACCCUCCUCGCACUUUGCACUCCCGCCUGGCGUGCCGACGCCAUCAAGCGGCGCAGGCGCAGUAGCAGUUGACCCUUUCCAGUAUGCAACCGCUCCAGGUGUCGAGCCAGGUCAUCCGCAGUGGAGCUUCCUCGCCAACGACCCCGAGCUCUUCGCUUGGGCACGCUCAUUCCUCAACGACGAGCUCGAUCUCUCCGUGCCAGGCGCAUCUUUCAACUAA